CAAGCACAACCGUCUUGAAUAGAAUCACCCGCUCCACAUUAGCUAACACAAGAGAUGCGGCCCGAGCUGCUUUCGAUGCCAAUCCUGCGCUCUGGUUGUGCUGAACCGAACCAGACAUACUUGCAUGCACACUCUGCACAGACAAACACAGUACAAGAUAAACAGCCUCAAAUAUAUCAACACCAUAACUGCCAUCACCACCACCACCACAUUGACAUUUACGAUGACGUCAGCUUCUUCUGUGAAAAGGCCAAACUUAGGAAGGCUGCGGGUACCUUGCAUCCUUCAGCAGACUGAAGUACCAUGCUACGAUACCGUAUCUAUACCUUGGACUCUAC